UUUAUCUCCUUUCUCCUUGCCGUUUCUUGUUUCUAGAAUAGCUUUUUCUCUAGUGGACCAAUCACAGCCGUUGAUCACAUCAUCGGUGUAGAUGUGUGUGUAUAUAUAGAUAUAUAGAGAUAUACAUUUUUUUUUUAUAUAUAUACACACACAUUUAAUUGUUAUGGAUUACAUAAAACCUCUUUGAAAGUUUCGGCUCUUUCAAGAUUUUAGCUUUUUCUCUGCCACCCCUUUUGUUGGUGGGAGUGUUUUGGUGACCUUCUUUCUUGGUGGCGAUGGUGGAGUGGAUUAUGUAUACAUACACACGUUAAGAUGGUUUUGAUGAUCUAUUGUAGUGAAGCUGGUUUCUAGGCUGCUUGUCUAGUCGUGCUUCCUUUUCAGUCACCAUUCUCCAGUAAAUGGGCUGCUUUAAUUCUAAAGUGAAAAAACAGUUUCGUGGACACGAAGAUCCGAUAGCCCUUGCGUCCCAGACGGCGUUUAGUGUUAGUGAAGUUGAAGCACUGUUUGAGCUGUUCAAGAGUAUUAGUAGUUCAGUAAUUGACGAUGGGCUGAUAAGCAAGGAAGAAUUUCAGUUGGCUUUAUUCAAGAACAGAAAGAAAGAAAACCUCUUUGCAAAUAGGGUACGAUGCUUCAUUGAUUUUUUGCAUCAGCUCUGUUUAAUAAAGCACUGGUUGAUUAGCUCUCUAUGGGACUUUGAGCAUCCGAUUUUUGAUCUCUUUGAUGUGAAGCAAAAAGGGCUCAUUGAUUUUGGUGAUUUCGUGAGGGGACUACAUGUCUUCCACCCCAAUGCCGCACAAGAAGAGAAAGUUAAUUUUUCAUUUAGGCUUUAUGAUCUAGAUGGCACAGGGUUCAUUGAGAGGCAAGAGGUUAAACAAAUGCUGAUUGCACUCUUAUGCGAGUCUGAGAUGAAGUUGGCUGAUGAGACGAUAGAGAGUAUACUUGAUAAGACUUUUGUGGAGGCAGACUCAAAUCAGGAUGGAAAGAUUGACAAAUCUGAAUGGCAGAUUUUUGUGAGCCGAAAUCCUUCACUACUAAAGAUAAUGACACUUCCUUAUCUAAGGGAUAUAACAACUACUUUUCCUAGUUUCGUCUUCCAUUCUGAAGUUGAUGAAGUUGCUACAUAACAACACUAGGACAUGUAGUUCAGUUAUUUUCCUCUUUUUCUUUUUGCCUAGGUUAUUAGAUGUUUGAAAAUGUUGUUCGAGUUUUGCUCUAUUUAGAGUACAGGAAACUUGAGCUGAUGAUAAUGCCAAGUGUAGUAUAUCAUGUAGCGUGAAGAGCGUGCCAUUCUCCUACUGCAACGCGAUUUUAUCAUUGCCAAGCCUGUCGAUAGAUAGUGUGCAGGAUAGUGAGGUCACUAGUAGAUCUAGUUAUCGUGCGCUUCUUAUAUUAUAUAUCUAUCCCCUUUUGUAAUGCA